AUGGCCGAACCACCUUCGUCCCCUCCCAGCGGGGACACCAGCACCGAAGAUGCCCUCUCGUGGUACAAGUCGCAGUACGAGCAGCUGGAGCACGAGCUGAUUGAGUUCCGCGAGUCCAGUCGCGAGCUCGAGGCCGAGCUGGAAAAGGACCUCGAUGCCGCCGACAAGCGCGAGCGGACGCUGCGGGAAAAGGCCGAGGGCCUGCAGUACGAGGUUGACGAGUGGAAGAAAAAAUACAAGGAGUCCAAGACCGAGGCCAACGCUGCCCAGAACACGCUCGAAAAAGAAAUCACAACCCUGAGAGACACCAACCGCACCCUGCAGCUGCGCCUGCGCGACACGGAGGUGGCCAACGACGACUUUGAGCGCCAGGCCCGCAACACCACCUCCUCCCUCGAGGACCUCGAGUCCAAGUACAACGUCGCCAUCGAGCGCGGCGUCCUGCUCGAAGAGGAGAUCAAGAUGGGCGAGCAGGAGCGCGAGGCCCUGCGCGUCGACGCCCAACGCCUGCGCGAGGAACUGUCCGACCUCAAGAUCGAGGCCGAGAUCCUCCAGGCCAAGCUGGCCAAACAGCAGGAGCAGCAGCGCGAGGACGAGCGUGUGGCCGAGGAGGAGGCCCUGGCCGAGGCGGCCGAGGUCCGCGCCCGCCACCACCACCUGUCCGCCAUCUCCACCGACCUGUCCGUGCUGUCCGUGCCCGAGUCGCCCACCUUUGACCACUCGCCCAACUCCACUGCCAGCUCGCCCCUCAUCACCACUCCGCCCGACGCCAAGUCCCUGUCUGCUGCCGGCUCGGUGGCAGACGCACAGGACUUGUCCAUGUCCUCACCUCCUCUCUCCGACGCCACCGCCGCCGCCGCCGCUGCUCCUACGGUGUCCAAGCCGCUCCGCAAACAGCAGCCCGCCAAGGCGUCUGCGCCGAUCCCACCACUCGGCCGCACACCCGGACCCAUGCGCAAGUCCAGACUGCCCUCGUCCGAAUUCAGCGCAGGCGCCACGUCGACCCCGCGGUCCAAAGCCCUGGGCUCUUCCAUUUCCUCCGCUUCGGGUGCACGGCCACUCGGCAGUCGCGUGGCCACCGCGUCCGCAGCCACCCGGACACCUGCACCACGCACAUCCACCGCCGGUACAACAAGCACCGCUGGUCCUAAGACGGGCGCCCGUGCCACAUCGCACAAACUGCCCUCGUCCAACUCGCUCUCCCACAUCCGCUCCCUCACGGCCCAGAUGCAGCGCCUCGAGGCCCGUGUCCAGUCCGCUCGCUCCAAGCUGCCCGCGCCCGUCAGCACCCCGCCACGUGCCUCGCCGCGCUCGCUCGGCAUGGGUGCGCCCCCCUCCGCCCUACCGUCGACCGUCACGAUUCGCUCGCGGAAGCGCACAGUCGGCUCGGCCGCUUCGUCUGUCAUUAGCGGCGACGAUGCGACCCCGACACCCGCCCACCAUGCCUCGCGCCCGGCCAGCAGCAAGCAUGUGCCUCGUCUUUCCACCUCCGGCGUCAGCCGUCUGUCCUUUGGGCCCCUGCCCAACCGGGGCGGUGGCGGCUCCAACAACGGCCUCGAGUCCGAGUCGUCCCGGCCCAGCUCGCGCGCCAGCAUCUCCUCUUAUGCUCGCCCGGUCAGCCGCAACGCCGACGCCCGCGACAUGCCCCCGCCGCGGCCCAUGUCGCGCACGUCUCUGUCGGGUGCCCGUACGCCGCUGGGUCGCCCGCGCAGCUCGCUGGGCAGCAGCUUGCACGGCCACUCGAUGAGCAUGAGCGUCAGCGGCGGCGCCGUGCAGAGCCUGCCCGAAGACGAUGUGGCCAGCGCCGACGGCGAGGCCUUCCGCACGCCCAGCCGGCGGGGCACCUACAGCAAGUACGAGAUGGAAGCGGCCCUGAACACUGCGUCUGGCAUCCCGGCACCUAGUGGGAUCCCGAUGCCCGGCAGCCGGCGGCAGAGCGGGGCCAACUCGGCGCUAGGCUUUUCAUCGUCUGUAUCGAGUCGGCGAGCGAGCAUGACCACAAAGUAG